AUGAUCAUCCUCAUCCAAACUGCAACAAAGGUUGAGGCAGCGAACUUCGAAAUGAUCCUUGUGAGGCAUGAGAAAAGGGACGGGUUCAACUGGGUCGGUUCCACCAAACUCAAUUUGGUACCUGCAUCUGCCAUUAUUCCGCGAUGCUCGCCGUUUUGCUUGGAAUAUGUCAGGGAUACUAUUAAAAUGCGGGUCAUCGAAAACGCCAGGUGCCUAGAAUCCCUUGGCUCCUUGCCCCAGAUGAAUUUGCAAAGUCCGGCUGAUCCCAAGCAAAUUCAAGAUUGGGGAUCUUAG